AAGAGGGCUAGUCAGCCCAGCUGGUUAGUGUAUAACCCCAUCAAGGUCCUCCUCUCUUUAAGACGAGUCAUUUGAGCCUAGCCUAGCUUACCUUAGCUUCCUUUGAAAUUCUUCACUUGCUCCAUCUCAAAAAAAACAAGCCCAUUGUUUCCCUUCGCUUUGGCUGUUAAUCAAUACUUUAUAUAUACUGUCUACUUCUUAUUGGGCUAUCUCGUCUUUCCUAUAUCUUGGCCCAUUCCCUCACCACCACCGCGAACAACAAAAUAACCUUCAAUUUGCCUUCAAACUUUCGCUAAUUUAUGUUGUCAGCCUUAGGAACUAGUGGAUUCUAAGCUGGGACUUAAUCCUACCUUCUUUUUAUUCCAUCAAGGCCUUUUGUUUUGUUUACAUACCUUUAGGCUCUAACUAUUUAAAGAAGGGACUUCCCGCAGGAAUUCUUUACGCCAUAACUUGUGAUCAUUAUUCGUGGCUGGCUACCUCGCAUCACCAUAGUUAUUUCCUUUCGAAGACGCUUUACCUAAAACCUAGGACCUAGGUAUUCAUUCUCUAUCUAAAACUAAAAUAAUUAGUCGCCAACAAAAUACCCAAGAUGUCGGUGCUAUCCACGGUUUGGGAUUCCAUGCUCAGAGCUCGGCAGGAAGAUGGAUCCUCUGAUGCGGCUCCCGAGUCUGGCUACAGUGUCACAAUAGAUUGUGACGCCGGAAACGAAUAUGACGGGCGAAUGGGACUACGGAUUUCCUCCAUUUUCGUCAUCUUGGUUGGCUCUUUGAUGGGUGCUGUUUUGCCCGUAUACCUGGCUCGUGGUACUAAGAUGAAGGUCAAUGGCUCGGCCUUUUUCGUUGCGAAAUACUUUGGUUCAGGUGUCAUCAUAGGAACGGCCUUCAUGCAUCUUCUUUCGCCAGCAUUUGAUGCCUUAAAGUCGCCCUGUCUCCCAGAUGGUCCUAUCAAUGACUACGAUUGGGCAGCUGGUAUUUGUUUAAUGACCGUGUUCGUCAUGUUCACCAUCGAACUUCUUGCCAGCCGCUUUGACUUUUUUGGUCACGACCACGAUCACUCGGACGCCAAGGCGAUCGAUCCGUCAUUGGAGAUUCUCAAGAAGGAUAGCCCAGUUUCACCUGCACCGAGGCACGACUUGGAGGCGGGUCAAAAUAAGGAGAGCGGAAAUGAGUCUAUCAACCAUGAAUCAGGUUUCCCCACCGAUGUCAGCUAUCCCCCUGGAGGCGAAGAUCACCUGGGUCACCAGCGCGACCACCACGAAAACGACUCCUACAGCGCUUUCGCCGCGCAGAUGACGGCGCUCUUUAUUCUAGAGUUUGGUGUCAUCUUCCACAGUGUCUUUAUCGGUCUCACACUCGCAGUUGCCGGCGAAGAGUUUACAGUUCUGUACAUCGUUCUCGUGUUCCACCAAACGUUUGAAGGCCUCGGCCUUGGCUCGCGACUGGCUACUGCCCAGUGGCCUAGGUCCAAGGGUUGGAUGCCGUACGCGUUGGGUGUUGGUUACGCUAUUAGCACCCCAAUUUCCAUCGCCAUUGGCCUUGGCGUGCGGUCCACGUUACAGCCAGGAAGUCCCAAGACCUUGAUUAUCAACGGUGUCUUCGACUCUAUUAGUGCCGGUAUCCUCAUUUAUACGGGUUUGGUUGAGCUACUCGCCCACGAAUUCAUGUUCAACUCGUACAUGCGCAACGCCGGUCUCAAAGUCCAGCUCUUCGCUCUCGGCUGUGUCGCCCUGGGUUGUGGGUUAAUGGCCGUGCUUGCCAAGUGGGCUUAAACCUUGCAUUAAGAAAGGAACGACAAUUUUUUAAAGGAAGUUAUUAGUGGUGUAAGAGGGAAGGAAAUGAACUGACGAUAAUCUUUGAUGGGUUGGAGUACUCGCUUAUACCCUCGCACGGAAUUCGCAGCCCUGAGCUGCAUACGGGUUUAUAUGUUCGGAACUGUUAACCUAGAGCUCGACGCUCACACGGUGUACUUGUGAAACUCCAUCGAGGAUAGGAGCCAAUAGAGGGCCUAGAUUAAUUAUAGAAAUCAUCACAUAUUACUAGGUUAAUAUGGUGCGUAGAGUUAGCAAACAUCUAUUCGGUAAAAUUGUAGCCUAUAAUAUUCCCUUGUUCCUGUUUUGUGAUGUGUUCCUUUGAAUACCAGCCUCCUGAUGGCCUUCUCACCUUCCUAUAUGUAAGUAGGGAAUAUGGAGUAAAUAGUAGACUUGUUGAUGUCUUCUUCUUAAUCCUUGAGUGAGCACAUACUUAUAACCUACUAUGUAGCAACUGAUACGUAGUCUUCCCG